AUGGACCAGCCAAGGACCCAUUCAGGACCCACAACGGCCAGUAAUCCCGCUCCCAGCUCCGCCAACUCAUCAUCUUCUCCCGCCACGGCCAAAUCCAAACAGGAAAGACCCUCCGCGUCAAUGUCCAAACCUUCGUCCGUGGCACCUUCCCAAGACUCACCAGAUGGCAACGCUAUCGCCAAGACCCAAGCCGCCGCUUUUAAAAACGACAUGAAAACUGGUGAUUCCGGUACGAUAGAUGGGUCAUCUCAGAAUAUGAUUCCCAACAGGGCUUCAAUGCAAAAGUAUACGGACCAAUCGUCGGACCUGCUGUCCAGGAGUUCCGGUGUUAUAACCCCGUCCAUGUCUUUGAAUACGGGCACUGCUACCAAUAGUGAUAGCAGUGGCAACGCAGCUAGUAGUAGUAAUCCAGAGAUUGCCACUGAUAGGGACAACACUCUAUUCAAAACAUUUGACAAAAAAACUGGUCAGUUUUUGAAAAGCGAUAGUAACGACGAAGAAAUGAGGGCAAAUAAGAAAGUUGUCUCCUUACCACCCAAGGAUACUCAUACGAAUAUGAACAAUCCAUCUCCAUCACCACCUCCCUCUUCGCAACAGCCUCCUUCUGCGUCAGCUCUACAACUGCCAUUGGCUUCGCAGCAACAGCAGCAACAGCAGCAACAAACAGCGGGGAAUGCUUCUAAUUUUUUAAGGAUUUUUUCAAAUAAUAAAAUGAGAUCGCAUUCUGUACCCACUAUUUUGCAUUCUUCUUUGAGAAAAUUAUCGUCUCAUAACCAAUACUAUCGUAAUCAAAAUAUUCUUUUAAAUCAUCAAACUCCUUCUGGAAUAUCGAAGAAAAAAUUUCCCAGAAAUCAUCACCAACCUUAUCUGCAUUCUAACAACCCUCUUAGUACAAACCCCCUCUCAAUAAAACGCGCCAUUUUUCUAAAUCAACAGAUAUCCAACAGCUCUAGUACAAAUAAUGACAACAUCAACGACACCACAGCCAAUUCGAUAGCAAAUUCAAAUCUCAAUACAAGAUCAGAUUUUGAAUUGACUUUGGAAGACAGAAUAAACUACAUAAAGGCUACCCCAACACCGGUCCCAUUUCCUCCGAUAAACUUACAGGGCUUAAAGGAGAUAGAUUUGCAAGAAAUCUUGAAAAAUCCUCAGCUUAGACACGAUAUCAUAUUCGACCCGCUUUUGCAAUUCAGACCGAAUCUUGAUGGUGAAAGAGGUAAUAAAAAAAGACAAUUAGCUGAUAUCUACUGGAACGACGUUCAAAAUGAAAUCUACGUUUAUUCUAAAAAACCUGAAAUCUUCCAGUACAACAGGUCAAGACUGGUUCCACUUUUUGAUACUCUAAGGGAUGUGCUACUAACCAUAGUGCCACAAAAAGAAUCUCCGAUGAUAAAUAAUGUUUUAGACACUGAAUUGAACAUUCAAGAACUACUAAAGGGUUCGCUAAUAAUGUCAAACCUGUCAGGUUGGUUAGCCGAUCUAUUUAAGCAUCAUUGUGCUCCCAUGAGAGAUCCGUGGGUAGACAAGAUGAGCAACAAAUUCAAAGAAGCUGAAAGAGAUUCUUCUUUAACUAGAUUAAUAGAAGGUUUAAGAUUGGUCUUCCAAAUCUUGGAAACAAUGAAACUAGAUAUCGCCAAUCACCAAAUAAGAAUACUAAGACCAGCCUUAUUGAGUAAUGCUGUGGAAUUUGAAAAACAGUAUUUCAACACUCUUAUAGCCUCAAAAAGGGUCAAUUUAAACACUUCGUUACUUUGGUUUGACAAGAAAUUCAACGAGAACGUUUCCAUGGGCCUUGUCAAUAAUCCUAACCUCGUCACUAUCCCAGACGUCUACAAAAUUUGCAUUAGAAGUAUAAUCAACCUACUAUCAUGUAGAAAAAUGGUCAGAGACUACCCGACUCCACUUUCGUUUGAUCAUGCGAGGUUGAUCCUUUUGCGUGCGGAUAUUCGUCAAAUUGUUUGCAUUUUGGUCUGCCGCUUGCUAUUUCAACAAUUAGUAGCCAACGAUACUUCAAUGAAUAAAGCCACAAAGGAAUACGUCAUUCAUACAUACACGACAAAAAGGUUGAAAACCGAAAUCAUUAGUAUCAUAACAGAUGAACAUGGUAAUUGCAGAUGGACUAAGAACACAAUGUCUAUAGCUGUUCAUCUUUGUAAAAUCAUCGAUGAUCUUCACAGAGAGUACGACAACAACAACAACAGCAACAACAACAACAUGGGUGACCACGAAAAGUCUGCAAGAACUCAAUUACCUUCAUUGGACAACGCCAAAAUCACAUUUGCUAAAUCAUGGCUAUCCAAACAAACUCAGCCACUCAGUGAAGUUUAUGGUGUACUAGAAAAUAGAGUAUUCAAAUCGUUAGAGGAUUCUAUUUCCAGCAAAUCCGAAUGUACCAUUGAUGGACGUGUUAAACAAGAUUUCGUCUACCUUUACAACACAAACAAUGGCAACGUGAAUGGCACAAACCAUCCGACCACCACUACGGAUGCCAGCGUCAAAAUCAGCCCCUCCUUAAUGUCUCCUUCUAAAUCCUCUACCACCGGCCCUAGUAGUAAUACGGCUGCAUCUAGGGGUUUAUUCGCAGCAACGGAGCUGGAUGAAUUCGACAACGUCUACCGCCAUUUAUAUGCAUUAAUAAAUCUUCAUUGGUCCGUUUUUGGUCCUCAUUAUAUUGAAAUGUUAGGAGACAAAGUUAGUAAAAAGGGAAUAUAA